AUGGUCGCCUUAAUUUCCAAGAAAAGAAAGCUAGUCGCUGACGGUGUCUUCUACGCUGAAUUGAACGAAUUCUUCACUAGAGAAUUAGCUGAAGAAGGUUACUCUGGUGUCGAAGUCCGUGUUACUCCAACCAAGACUGAAGUCAUUAUCAGAGCUACUAGAACUCAAGAUGUUUUGGGUGAAAACGGUAGAAGAAUCAACGAAUUGACUUUGUUAGUUCAAAAGAGAUUCAAGUACACUCCAGGUACCAUUGUUUUGUACGCUGAAAGAGUUCAAGACCGUGGUUUGUCUGCUAUUGCUCAAGCUGAAUCCAUGAAAUUCAAAUUGUUGAAUGGUUUGGCUAUCAGAAGAGCUGCCUACGGUGUUGUCAGAUACGUUAUGGAAUCUGGUGCUAAGGGUUGUGAAGUCGUUGUUUCUGGUAAGUUAAGAGCUGCUAGAGCUAAGGCUAUGAAGUUCGCUGACGGUUUCUUGAUUCACUCUGGUCAACCAGUCAAAGAUUUCAUUGACACUGCUACUAGACACGUUUUGAUGAGACAAGGUGUUUUAGGUAUUAAGGUUAAGAUUAUGAGAGAUCCAGCUACUGCCAAGACUGGUCCAAGAGCUUUACCAGAUGCUGUUACCAUUGUUGAACCAAAGGAUGAAGAACCAAUCUUGGCUCCAUCUGUCAAGGAUUACAGACCAGCUGUUGAAGAAACUGAAGAAGCUGAAACUGCUGAACCAGUUGAAGCUUAA